AUGUCGCCUGCAGACUCGCUCUACCACCCGCCAAGACCGCGCGGACGGCCGCCGCUGGGCGACCGGCAGCGCAACCGGCUCACGAUCAAGCUCAGCACGGGCUCCACGUCCACAGCGCGCAACCCUACCGGCGGCAGCAGCCACCCGGCAGCCACCACUGAAGCGCGGGCCGAGCUCGGUGACGAGAACGAAACCCAAUUAGAAGAGCAGUUCGUCCUGCGCGUACUGCCAUCAAUGGCAGCGCAGUUCAACAAGCUCGUGCAGGAGCGGACGAUCCAGGACCACGUGGAGAUAAAGUUCUUGGACGAGCGCAAUGCGCGGGUGCGGUUUAUGGGCAAAAGCUACGUGGCGCGGCUGGUCGACCUGCCGACGAUCACCGAAUCGUACCGCACGGUGGACCGCAAGCAGAUGCUCAAGACCGCGGAUAUCUGCCAAAUGCUGCAGGUUGAGCGCGAAGUUACCGAGGUUGAGCUGGAGCUGGAGCUGGAGCCGGUGCUGGCGCGCGGCAUGGAUUUGAUUUGCGCCGAUGGGCUGGCGCCGUCGCUGGCGAACGUGCGGAAGGAGCGGUUCCGGCGCCGGAUCCCCGACGGGCGCAUCGACGCGAUUGAGCGAGAGGUGCUGCGGCUGCUGGAGGACGACGCGCAGGCGGUGGCCGUCAAGUUUGAUAUGCUGGACGAGCAGCACGAUGACGUGCGCGGCGCCACGCCGUCGGUCGACAUCAUGUCGCCGGUGACGCUGGAUGACCUCAGCACGCCGCUGGUCAUCGACGAGGACGCCGCCAGCAGUGUGGCCAAUGAGGAUAUGGAGUUUGACGAGCACCUGGCGGCCGAGCUCGAGCAGGGCCUGGAGGAGCUGGAGGACGAGCCCGAGGCCGACGACGACGACGACGAGGAGAGCGAGGAGGAAGAUGACGACGAUGAGCCGAACAACGAGCGCUCGAUGCAGAUGAAGCUUUUGGGCGAGGAAAUUGCCGAGCUGGAGCGCACGAUCCGCAAGAAGGGCGCCGACCUCGACUCGGCGCCCAACCCCAUUAUCCGCCGCCGCUUCGAGGACAUUCUGCAGCGGCUGCAGCAGGAGCUGGACGCCAAGCGCCAGCAGCUGGACCACUACCACCGCGAGCUGGCCACUGAGGGCGGCGCUGACGCCGCCGCUGACGCCGCCUCCAACACUGCCCAACUUUAG